GCCGAGCCUAGUCCUAACAUAGGAAUCUGGCACUAAAGGGAUAAUGAAUCAUCGACAUGACGCAACGAAGCAGUUAUAAUGAAAACAAUCGCGAUUUUAUCAUAAGACUUCAUUCUUCCCGCUCACUUUAAAUCUUCGAUUUCUAGAUAACGCACUUUCAGAGCCCCAAACUAAACCUCUACAAGCAAUCGAUUGCGUCUUUCAUCAUACAAAUUAUAUAUUCCAGUCCUUGACCUAACACCAUGGCCAAAAGCGACAAGCCAGAAGAGGGAGACAAAGUCUCUUGGAAUUGGGGUGGCGGUGCUCCUGGAGGCACGGUAGCAGAAACGAAGGAGCAAGGGGCAAUUGAAAUCAAGACGCAGCGCGGGAAUACUGUCAAAAGAAAAGCCGACGCGAGCAACCCUGCAGUCCGAAUUGAACGAUCGGGCAAUGAUGUCGUCAAAAGAGCCUCGGAAUUGACAAUCGACGAAAAGAAAAAAGGUGGCCGGGGCAGUACCAAACGCAAGGCUAACGGUCAAGAUCCUCAAAAAUAUGAUGACGAGCAAGGCGAGGAUGAAGAGUUCGAUGUUAUCUCGGACGGGGUUGACGAGGGACCCCAUACGAACAAUAAACAGGGCAAAGAGGUGAAUAAGGGCGGCAAAGCGACUAACAAGAAGCAAAAAAAGGGGCAGCAAGAUGUAUCUGAAGAAGAAACCGGAGAUGAUAAAAAUAAAGGGGACAUUGAUGAGAAUGAGGAGGAAGGGGAGGAGGCAGAGGUAGAGGAAGAUGAAGAUGCAGAUUACGACGAAGUCGAAAGUAUUGAAGAUGAUGAUGAAGAUGAUGAUGUAGAAGAUGGAAAAGAGAACGACAAAGAUCUGGAUGGUAAUACUGGCAGCAAUGAGGAAAAGUCUAGAUCAACACCUAAGGUCGAUGGCAAUGAGAAAAAGGACACGACUCGACAACAUUAAGUCUAUUUUACACAGAAUUUGUUAGUAAUAUCUCGCAAAUCAAGCUCAUCGACAUAAUAAUAUUUUAACCUAUCCCGCCAGGCCCAUUAAGC